UAAGAUGGUCCAACAUUAAUAAGGCUUGCUACCGUUUUUUAAAGUCAUCAAAUGAAAUUCUUCAGAGCUGAAAUGGCGCCAAGGUUAAAAUGAGGCAGCAAAAUAUUUUUGAGCUCUAUCAGCGGUGACCAUUUUUCACCAUGUUUAUGGCAGCACUUAUACAAACACGACACAAACUACUACUCCAUCAAAAUCCAAACCCCACUUAUACUUUCAGCACAUUUGCAGCUUCAGUUCUUCAGUCUUUUUCGAAUGACUUUGCUUAUCCCACCAUCACUACAACAAAAGACAAAGCUUUUCAUCCAUACCAAAAGCCAACCUAUUUUGUUCCUACAGUUUCAGACAAGUGCGAGUUUCUCGUCCAAAAAUACUUGUUUUCUUGUUCUGAAUUCAAUGCGCAAAGACUCCAUUUGGAUAUUAUAAAAAAUGGGGUUGAUAAAGAUUUGUAUUUGUGUAACACCCUUAUUAAUUUGUACGUCAAAAGUGGUGAUUUGGUCUCUGCCCAUGAUAUGUUCGACAGAAUGCUGGACAGAAAUCUAGUUACCUGGGCGUGCUUGAUUACGGGUUAUUCGCGAAAUGCGAUGCCUGAUGAGGCAUGCCAUGUUUUUCGUGAAAUGGUUUCGUCGGGGUUUAUUCCUAAUCAUUAUGCUUGUAGUAGUGCUUUGAGGGCUUGUCAGGGUUUAGGUGCUUGUGGGCUUAGGUUGGGAAUGCAAAUUCAUGGUUUGCUUUUGAAAACAGGACGUGCUUCUAAUGAGGUUGUUUCCAAUGUCUUGAUCUCGAUGUAUGGAGGUUUUGCAGGUACUGGUGAUUAUCCAUGGCGUGUUUUUGAAGAGAUAGAGAAUAAGAAUUCAGCAUCUUGCAAUUCUAUUAUUUCAGUUUACUCUCAGCGAGAUGCAGUUUCUGUGUUUCAGCUCUUCUCUGAUAUGCAAAAAGAAGAUUUGGGGUUUAUUUUUAUACCAACUGAGUUCACUUUUGGCAGCUUAAUUACAGCUGCUGCUAAGCAUGUUAAUUAUGGUUUGUCUUUGCUGAAGCAGCUACUGGCUAAAAUAGAAAAAUCUGGACUUUUGGAAGACUUGUAUGUAGGAAGUGCUCUGGUUAGUGGUUUUGGAAGGUUUGGGUGUCUCGAUACUGCUAUGAAGGUUUUUAAACAGAUGGGUACAAGGAAUGCAGUGUCCACGAACGGGCUCAUGGUCGGAUUGGUGAGACUGGGUCAAGGAGAAGACGCGACCAGAGUUUUUAUGCAGAUGAGAGACUUGGUUAAAAUCAAUUCUGAUUCAUUCGUUGUUCUUUUCGGUGCUUUUCAUGAAUUCUCUUUGUUGGAAGAAGGGAGAAGAAGAGGUCGAGAGCUACAUGCCUAUGUUAUCCGAACUGGUUUGUGUGACUCCAAGGCUGCUAUUGGAAAUGCUCUGAUUAAUAUGUAUUCUAAAUUUGGUGAAAUCCAGAUUGCUCGUUCUGUUUUUGAGAUCAUGCUCGAUAAGGAUUCAGUAUCAUGGAACUCUAUGAUCUCCGCUCUAGAUCAAAAUGAUUGUUUUGAAGAUGCAAUAUCAACCUUCCAAAUUAUGAGAAGAACAGGAUUGAUGGCUUCAAAUUACUCAUUGAUAAGUUCUUUGAGUUCUUGUGGAAACCUGAAUUGGAUAAGAUUGGGGGAACAACUGCACAGUGAAGGGAUAAAGUUAGGACUAGAUUUUGAUGUUUCAGUGUCUAAUGCUCUUCUUGCUUUGUAUGCUGAUACUGGAUGUGUGACUGAAUGCAAGAAAUUGUUUACCUUAAUGCCAGAGUAUGAUCUUGUUUCAUGGAAUACCAUUAUCGGUGCAUUAGGUGAUUCUGAGACAUCUAUUUCUGAAGCUAUAGAGAACUUCACACAGAUGAUGCGUGCUGGAUGGAGUCUCAACAAUGUGACGUUUAUAAAUAUCCUUUCAGCAAUAUCAUCACUUUCUCUUCUUGGUCUUGUUCGUCAAAUCCAUGCUCUGGUGCUAAAAUAUAGUGGAAUGGAUGCUAAUGCUAUUGAAAAUUCAUUUCUUGCUUGCUAUGGUAAGUGCGGGGAAAUGGAUGACUGUGAGAACAUAUUCUCUCGGAUGUCUGACAGGAAGGAUGAUAUGAGUUGGAAUCUAAUGAUCUCUGGAUAUUUACACAAUGAGGUCUUACCAAAAGCCAUGGAUUUAGUCUGGCUUAUGCUGCACAAGGGUCAGAAAUUAGAUGGCUUCACAUUUGCCUCUGUUCUCAGUGCAUGUGCCUCAAUUGCAACAUUGGAGCAUGGCAUGGAAGUUCAUGCUUGUGCGAUUAGAUCCUGUUUGGAAUCUGACGUUGUUGUUGGGAGUGCUCUUGUUGACAUGUAUGCCAAAUGUGGAAGAAUAGAUUAUGCUUCCAGGUUUUUUGAGUUGAUGCCAGUACGAAAUAUAUAUUCAUGGAACUCAAUGAUUUCUGGUUAUGCACGGCAUGGACAUGGACAUAAAGCACUAGAGCUUUUUACAAAAAUGAAGCUGGAAGGUCAAACACCUGACCAUGUCACUUUUGUUGGUGUCUUAUCAGGUUGUAGCCACGUGGGAUUUGUUGAGCAGGGCAUGGAUUACUUUGAUUCCAUGAGCAAACAAUAUGGUCUGACACCACGGAUUGAGCAUUUCUCAUGCAUGGUUGAUAUCCUGGGACGAGCAGGUCAGAUGGAUAAAUUGGAGGACUUCGUCAACAAAAUGCCAUUAAAACCCAAUGCACUCAUUUGGAGGACUGUGCUUGGAGCCUGUGGUCGAGCAGGCGGUCGUAAAACAGAUCUAGGUAGGAAGGCUGCUCACAUGCUCUUAGAGCUGGAACCUCAUAAUGCUGUGAACUAUGUGCUUCUUGCAAAUAUGUACGCUUCGGGAGGGAAAUGGGAGGAUGUGGCAGAGGCUCGGCGUGCAAUGCGAGAAGCUACGGUAAGGAAAGAAGCUGGAUGCAGUUGGGUUAACAUGAGAGAUGGUGUUCAUGUUUUUGUAGCUGGUGAUCAAUCACAUCCAGAUAAAGACGCAAUUUAUGAAAAACUUAAGGAAUUGCACAAGAAGAUUAGGGACGCAGGGUAUGUGCCACAGAUUAAAUAUGCCUUGUAUGAUCUUGAACUGGAGAAUAAGGAAGAACUCCUCAGCUAUCAUAGCGAGAGACUUGCAGUUGCCUUUGUUCUUACACGGAAAUCAGAUAUGCCGAUAAGAAUAAUGAAAAACCUCCGAGUUUGUGGGGACUGUCACUCUGCCUUCAAAUACAUAUCACAAGUUGUUGGUAGACAAAUAGUAUUACGAGACUCCAACAGAUUUCAUCAUUUUUUUGAUGGAAAGUGUUCAUGUAACGAUUACUGGUGAUAUAUCAGAUGCUGUCUAACUUGGAGAAAGGGAUACUGCGUAAUGAGGCAGCAAUGAAAAGGUAGCAUGUCACGAGGACCUCAACAUGAAGUUACUAAAGCGUGCCAUAAUCUUGAUAUCAUUUGAAUUACUUGCCAUAUUUCUUAAAUAUUUUAUGGCAUGAAUCAGCUAGAAUGACAAUAAAUGACACCAUGAAAUCAAAGGAGCAUGGAGAAGGUAAGGAGAAUUACGCAUAUCAAACCCACUUUAAAACUGUAGCCAAGUUGAUGGUAGGCAAAUAGUAUUAUUAAUCUCCUGCAAAUUCAUCAUUUUGUGCACCCGAGUGAGUGACUUAUUGUCAAUGAAGUUGGAAAGACCUUGGCAGAUCAGGGUUCAAAACUUCAAAUACCAGCAGAGGCAAAAAAAAAUGAUAGAUAAUUUCUUCUUAUAUGUCUAAGCUUGCGGACAGAGUUACCCAUGUAUUUGUACUGGUAGGAGGUAGCAGGUACUCAGUGAAUUAGUCGAGGUGGGCGCAAGUUGGUUAGUACACCACCAUUAUUGAAAGUAUAAUGAUUUCAUCAUUUAUCUGAUGGGAAGUGUUAAUUUAAUGAUUAUUGGUAAUAGAUCAAAUGCUGUCUAACUUGGAGAAGGGAUGUUGCUUAUGAGGCGUUUCAAAACAGACGAAACAUGAAAGGCUUAGCGUGUCACCUCUGAAGUAUGGAAGAGAAGCAUUUGGUUUGUAAGGCUUGAACUAUUUAUUCUGGUGGUGAUCUCAACCUGAAGUUACUAAAACGUACCAUACUCCUACUGUUGAUUGAAUUACUUGUCAUAUUGCCAUAUUUGUUCGAAUAUGUGCAUGAAUUGGCUAGAGUGACAGCAAAUGGCAACAUGAAAUCAAAAUUGCAUGUACAGGGUAAACUUUUUUAAAGGUGCUCUUGCACAUUAAAGGCCUUUGGUUUUGCUGGACAAUUUCAUUGUGCAGACUCCAACAGAUCAUAUAAAAUCCAGUUUUCAAUCUCUAAGGAACUCAUCCUUUGGGUGGGUGGUGCAUGGGAAGCCUGGUCUUGUCUUCAAGUUAAACACACACCCAAGUUACUCUAUACUGUGGGAUGACUGUACGAAGAGAAUACAGCUGCCAACUCGAGGUAGAAGUUGACAGCAGUAUGACUGAAAAUAUUUAACAUUGUCAAGGACAAUUUCCAACAACAACUUCUUGAUGAAAGGCUGGACUGAGUCCUCUUGUUCAAGACGCAAGUAGCUACAAACUUAUGUUACAUUUUAGAUGGACACAAUAACAUGCAGGAGGAUGAUGAAUGAGUGAGUUGGAAUUUCUCACCCUAGGAAAAGCAUAUUUUGGCAAAGAGAGAUUUUGUCGGUGUUUGUACUCGGUAUUAUCUUUUACAUGGUUGAUGUUGAUUACAUGGGAAAAGACAGGAUUAGUUUGUUUACCAAUAUCUUGUCCUUUUUAAUUUUUGAAAUAAAAUGGCUAAU